UUCGGACAAAUAGACACCAAGAUGAACAGAGAAAGUGAGUUAGCGAGGCAGUUGCAAGAAUGGACGACACAAGAAAUGCACUUCAACUUACAGUCAUAUCAUUCAGCAGCAUUAGAUCCUGAGAAGUUAAAAGUGCUGUGUAAAGGGCCAGGAGCUGCAAUCUGGCAAUGGGUGACACAGCAUAUUAAGUCCACAGAAACAGUGAAGACAGUAAAUGGCAACCUGGCAUUUAAAAGCAAGACAUCUGCCCCCAGUUACAAAGUAAACUAUGAUGUGGGUGGGGAACAGUUUGAGGACACCAAACAAGCCUUACUGGAGCGAAGAGCUGCUCUCACUGGGGAGAUAACUACAACAUUGAGAGAUGUCGGCCAUUUUGAGCAUGAGGUGGAGAGAAUCACAGCAGAGGUUGCUGAGACAGAGCAAAAGUACCAGCAGGUUAAAGAAGCCAUCAACAACUCCCGCCGGAAGGCCGCCCUCCUGACUGCGUUCUGUGUGAAAUCAGCUGACAACGCAGCACAGUAUAAGGAAUAUGUGCGGUGUCUCCAAACCAGGACAGCUACCAUCAAAUCCAGGGCACAGAAAGGCUUGGAGACAGAAGAGUAUUAUAGUCGAGAGGCAGCAGGUGGAGAAAGUGAUGAGGAAGAAGAAACAGAGGGAAAGACACCUGCCCUGGAGAUUGCCUCCGCGAAACAUGUACGAGAGAGCUGUUCAGAGAUUGGCACAUUUCUACAAGACACAUUGAAUGGAGCGUUCACUAAUGAUAAAGCCUUGUUCUCAAAGCAAAAGGAGCCACUCUGGCAGAAGGUUGAGCAAGUGUGUGGCACAUUCUCCGCUGACCAGAUACUGACCGGUCUACUAACCCAUACAGUGGACACUACAGCUGCCCUCCGCUCACUGACCAGUAAAGUGGACAUCAGGAGGGACGCCCAGAAACUCAGAUUCAAGUAUGAUGGUGGAGAAGUGAGGGAUCUGUCCAGACAGCCAUCCUUGUACAAGAGUGUACAUCAAUUAUUACAGGAGAGGAACAAGGAACACUUCCUCAGUUUUGUCCAGUGUCAGAAGUCUGUCAACGAUGCCCGGAAUUUAGAGCAGUCUGUAUCCAUGGUGAAGUCACGCAUUGAGAAAAAACUCCACAAGCUUUUCUCACAGAAGUCCACAGACCUGAAACUUGCCAGGACCCUAGUAGAUGUAGAAGUUGAAGUUGACGGCCAGAGAGCUGCUUUGCACAGCCUCACACAGGAGACAGAGGCACUGAAAGUGGUCGUGGAAAAAAGCAUCCAGCAGCGGCAAGAAAUUUUUGCCAAACACCACCGCAUACAGGAGUUCCAGGAUAUCACGGAUCAGAAGCAGGGUGUUAUCCAUGUACUUGUCAAACAGAACAUGAAUGCCCAGUCACGACUUGAAGAACAGCUAGCGGAGAUAUCCGAUUACAUCGGUCGCUCGUUUGUCUCCCAGCCCUCUCAUCUCACUGGGCUUACGGGGAAACUUGCAGGAACAGUCUCACAGGAGGUGGAUGGCUUUGCUAACCUUGUACUGCCGUAUUUGAUGUUCUCACAGAUUGAUAGUGCCCUGAAGACAGCUGUUAUGGACCUGUCUAUACACCAGACCUCACAUGUCCAUAUCAGACCUGCUCUCUCCACUGUGCUAGUUUGCCUGAACUUCAAAAUGUUCCAGGCUCCAGAGUGUAUUUUGUCCCAAUGUGUACAACUACGGGAAGAUAUAGGUGACAUUCUACACAGGCUUGAUAGGGAAGCCAGUAUAGCAUCUAGAAGAACGGAAGAUGAUGUGGUCGUCAAUAUCACAGAGUUAUGUGAGCGUGCAGGCGAGAGUGACAGUCAACAGCUCCGACAGACGUUACCACGGUUACAGGAGAAGAUUUCCCGCACUAACCAAGCCCUAGACAACUGUACACAUGCCAGGCAGGCAGCAGAUGACUGGUGGUUGGAGCCUAGUCAGAAGUGUGUCCCCUGGGUGACUGUCGAUGACCAUACCUUACAACAGUACAUAGACAGAUGGACAGUCCUAGUGACCAGCCUUAGACAACAGCUUCUUCACAACCAGUGAGGAGGAACAUCUUUCAUCAGAAGAUCUUGUUUUGCACCUUUUUGCUUUUCCAUGUACAUUUCUCUUUGCUGAGUUAUAUUUACAUCGGAGUCAUGAACAGUUUGUGGUACAUGUAUAUGAAAUGUUUUCAGUAUUUAUUUCAUAAAAAAAUAAAAGUAUUCAUGUU